AUGUAUUACCCACCUCCAGGACCACCUCCGAUGGGACCUCCUCCCCCAUGGGCGGGUUAUCAACAACCUCCCUCCCAAUGGCAGCAACCCCCACCCCCGCCUCAGCCCUACCACCGCCAGCCACCGCCAUCGCAACCCUACUUCCAACAACAUCGCCAGCAUCGCUCCGAUUCGGCUCCCCCACGUCCCCCUCCAGGGGCCUUCCCAGGAGCUUUCCCAGGAGCACGGCCCUAUGGUCCCCCUCAUUCACCACAGCCUCCUUAUGGACACGCACCGUCCCCGCAACCUCCCUAUAGCCAGCAGCAAACGCCAUCUCCUCGGCCGGGACAUCGCCAAAACUCGAGCGUGAGCAGUUACGGACCACCUCGCUCCAAUUCUUCCAAUCUCCCACCCACGCCGCCGCAGAAUCUCCAGCAGUUCGGCCAUGGUGCGCCAUCCAGUUACCAGUUCCAGUAUUCGUCUUGUACUGGCCGCCGGAAAGCCUUGCUCAUCGGCAUCAACUAUUUCGGUCAGGCCAAUAAGCUGAAUGGAUGUAUCAACGAUGUCACCAAUAUGUCCACUUUCUUACACGGGCGCUUCGGGUAUCGUCGCGAGGAUAUGGUCAUUCUCACCGACGACCAGAAGAAUCCCAUGAGCAUUCCAACCAAGAAUAAUAUCAUUCGAGCCAUGCACUGGCUGGUCAAGGAUGCCCAACCGCACGACUCUCUCUUCAUCCACUUCUCCGGCCAUGGUGGUCGGACCCCCGAUCUGGAUGGUGACGAGGACGACGGCUUCGACGACGUGAUCUACCCAGUAGAUUAUCAAAGUGCUGGACAUAUUGUUGACGACGACAUGCACAGCAUCAUGGUACGCCCUCUGCGUCCCGGUGUGCGAUUGACGGCCAUAUUCGACUCGUGCCACUCUGGAACCGCUCUGGAUCUGCCGUACGUGUACUCGACCCAGGGUGUCUUGAAGGAGCCGAACCUGGCCAAGGAAGCCGCGCAAGAUCUGUUCACCGCAUUCACGGCGUAUGGCCAGGGAGAUCUCUCCAGUAUGGCAAGCACCGCCAUUGGCUUUUUCAAGAAGGCAGCCAACGGAGGGCAAGCGCGGGAACGGACUCUUCAAACCAAAACCUCGCCGGCCGACGUGGUUAUGUUCUCCGGAUCCAAAGACACUCAGACAUCGGCCGACACUUUCCAGGACGGCCAGGCCAGGGGUGCCUUGAGCUGGGCCUUUAUCAAAUCACUGCAACAGUGGCCCCAGCAGAGUUAUCUGCAGCUGCUCAAUACCAUCCGGGCGGAGCUCGAAGGAAAAUACACCCAGAAGCCGCAACUGAGCUGCAGCCAUCCCCUUGAUGUCAAUCUACGAUUUGUGAUGUAA